AUGUCUAUAGUAAAGAUAUUAGGCCUUGAUAAAGUUGCAUCUUUUUUUAAUAUUAUUCGUCAGAAUGGUGGUAUAAGGGGAUCUUUGUAUAAACUUUACAGGCAAGAUGAAUUGAAAGAUGGCACUCUAGUAGGCGAAGAUAAGUUUGGUAACAAGUAUUUUGAGAACCCUCGCUACUUCUACGGCAGGAACCGUUGGGUGGAGUACUCCGACAACUACAACAUGAACUAUGAUGGCAGUCAGGUUCCCGCUGAAUGGUUUGGCUGGCUCCAUUACAAGAGUGAUCUUCCACCACACAAGGACCCCGCCCGCCCAAAUUACCCAUGGAUGGCAGAAUUCACGGAGAAUUUGUCUGGAACUACAGGACAGUACACACCUUACACCACCACUAGACCGAAGGUUGAACCCUGGGUACCAGAGAGGAAAAGCACUGUUUAA